AUGGAGGAGGAGGAGGUCAGAGUGUAUGGAGGAGGAGGAGGAGGUCAGAGUGUAUGGAGGAGGAGGAGGAGGUCAGAGUGUAUGGAGGAGGAGGUCAGAGUGUGUGGAGGAGGAGGAGGAGGUCAGAGUGUGUGGAGGAGGAGGUCAGAGUGUGUGGAGGAGGAGGUCAGAAUGUGUGGAGGAGGAGGAGGUCAGAGUGUGAGGAGGAGGAGGAGGAGGUCAGAGUGUGUGGAGGAGGAGGAGGUCAGAGUGUGUGGAGGAGGAGGAGGUCAGAGUGUGUGGAGGAGGAGGUCAGAGUGUGUGGAGGAGGAGGUCAGAGUGUGUGGAGGAGGAGGUCAGAGUGUGAGGAGGAGGAGGUCAGAGUGUGAGGAGGAGGAGGAGGUCAGAGUGUGUGGAGGAGGAGGAGGUCAGAGUGUGUGGAGGAGGAGGAGGUCAGAGUGUGUGGAGGAGGAGGAGGUCAGAGUGUGUGGAGGAGGAGGAGGAGGUCAGAGUGUGAGGAGGAGGAGGUCAGAGUGUGUGGAGGAGGAGGAGGAGGUCAGAAUGUGUGGAGGAGGAGGUCAGAGUGUGAGGAGGAGGAGGAGGUCAGAGUGUGUGGAGGAGGAGGAGGUCAGAGUGUGUGGAGGAGGAGGAGGUCAGAGUGUGUGGAGGAGGAGGAGGAGGUCAGAGUGUGAGGAGGAGGAGGUCAGAGUGUGUGGAGGAGGAGGAGGUCAGAGUGUGUGGAGGAGGAGGAGGUCAGAGUGUGUGGAAGAGGAGGAGGUCAGAGUGUGUGGAAGAGGAGGAGGAGGUCAGAGUGUGUGGAAGAGGAGGAGGAGGAGGAGGUCAGAGUGUGUGGAGGAGGAGGAGGUCAGAGUGUGUGGAGGAGGAGGAGGAGGUCAGAGUGUGAGGAGGAGGAGGUCAGAGUGUGUGGACGAGGAGGAGGUCAGAGUGUGUGGAGGAGGAGGAGGUCAGAGUGUGUGGAGGAGGAGGAGGAGGUCAGAGUGUGAGGAGGAGGAGGUCAGAGUGUGUGGAGGAGGAGGAGGUCAGAGUGUGUGGAGGAGGAGGAGGUCAGAGUGUGUGGAGGAGGAGGAGGUCAGAGUGUGUGGAGGAGGAGGAGGUCAGAGUGUGUGGAGGAGGAGGAGGAGGUCAGAGUGUGAGGAGGAGGAGGUCAGAGUGUGUGGAGGAGGAGGAGGUCAGAGUGUGUGGAGGAGGAGGAGGUCAGAGUGUGUGGAAGAGGAGGAGGUCAGAGUGUGUGGAGGAGGAGGAGGAGGAGGUCAGAGCGUGAGGAGGAGGAGGUCAGAGUGUGUGGAGGAGGAGGUCACAGUGUGUGGAGGAGGAGGUCAGAGUGUGUGGAAGAGGAGGAGGUCAGAGUGUGAGGAGGAGGAGGUCAGAGUGUGGAGGAGGAGGUCAGAGUGUGAGGAGGAGGAGGAGGAGAGUGUGAGGAGGAGGAGGUCAGAGUGUGAGGAGGAGGAGGUCAGAGUGUGUGGAGGAGGAGGAGGUCAGAGUGUGAGGAGGAGGAGGAGGUCAGAGUGUGUGGAGGAGGAGGUCAGAGUGUGUGGAGGAGGAGGAGGAGGUCAGAGUGUGUGGAGGAGGAGGUCAGAGUGUGAGGAGGAGGAGAGUGUGUGGAGGAGGAGGAGGUCAGAGUGUGAGGAGGAGGAGGAGGUCAGAGUGUGUGGAGGAGGAGGUCAGAGUGUGUGGAGGAGGAGGAGGAGGUCAGAGUGUGAGGAGGAGGAGGAGGUCAGAGUGUGUGGAGGAGGAGGAGGAGGUCAGAGUGUGUGGAGGAGGAGGAGGAGGUCAGAGUGUGUGGAGGAGGAGGAGGAGGUCAGAGUGUGA